AUGGCAGCUAAUCCACAGCAUAACAACCAAGAUGACAGCACAUUUAUUGAUCAGCAGGAUUUCACAUCUCUAGAUGAAGCUCCUCCUCCGCAAACCACACCAAUAGGCUCUGUACACCGCAUGAAAUGGCACCCUACACACCACUACGAGGAUGAACUUCAAUCCCGUGAUGUAAAGUCGUCUUCCCUGACGCAUGGUGAGCAGUCACCUUCUAUAACUAAUUCUGAGGCUAUCCAGAGGGACGAUCAGACAUUGAAGAGUUCCAAAUUACAGGAUAAUGAUUGCAGUCCUGAAAAACCCAAGAAAAACCCACAUUUUGUCCGAUCUUCCGAGAAACGAAUCACUGAUAGUAGUAGUCAUGCACAGCAGCAGCAGCACUCUUCCUCUGGCGUUUUGCAAAGAAGAGCGUCUUUGUAUGAAGAAUUCAAGAAAAGCGUCUACGAUAGGCUACACAUCUUCGAGAAGUAG